AUGAAUUUACUGUUUAUUAUCAUCGAUGUUAUUGAGAUAAUCAUCUCUGUUGAUCGUUGUCGACGAAGGGCCGUGUACCACCCCGCAGUUGCGCAUCACGGUCGUGCGCGGGCAGAGGUUCGCUUGCGAGCGGUGGUGGCACCACGGGCAUCUCGCACCGCCUGUGAACGUGGUGAAUGCGGAAGGAUGAUGGCCGCAGAUGGCGGCAGCCGCAGCUCCCGUGAAAAGAGGGCAGCGGCCGCGCCAAGGCUGCGGCCAAGCGUGGGCAGGAACCGCGGUAGUCGCGCGCAGUGGCAGCGGUCGUGCAUGGGCAUAGGUGGCACAGGCAGUGCCGUAGCAUGGCAACCGCGCACCGGCGGCGACCGCGCGUGGGUAGGCCGUGCACAGGCGAUAGUCAAGCGCGGGCACGAACCGUCGCAGCGGUCGCUCAUGGGCAGAGGCAGCCCCCCCGCGGCGGCAGCGACCGUGCGCUGGCAACAGCCACGGCCAACCGUGCGCACCGUCUGCAGCAUGAUUACAGAUUUUAUGCUAACAUUUUUGGCCCACUUGCCGAUCGAUGAGGAACCUUCUUGGGACGUCGAAAGCGUCGACGAGGACGGGGAUUUCGGUGGCAUCCCGGCGUCGACGGACGCGGUGAAGGAGCUGGCGGUGGUGAAGUACGAGCGUGGCGGAGAUGUCAGAGAGGAGAGUUGCAUCAUCUGCUUCGAGGAGUUCGACGAGGGUAUGGAGGUGACGCGGAUGCCAUGCAAGCACGCCUUCCAUGGCGGCUGUCUCACUCGAUGGUUGGAGAGCAGCCAUGUGUGUCCUCUCUGCAGACACGCCAUACCUACUUCUACUGAUCCCUGA